UCGAGCCACAGCGGGGGCCGCAGGACGCGGAGCGGAGCGGGCCGGGCCGGGUGGAACGAGCCAGGUGGAACCAUGGGGACCACCAUGGGCUCUGCGAGCAUCCUGGAGGUCUGCAACACCAAACUGGUGGAAUUUCUGUGCAAUGUGGACAACAAGGAUAUGGUGUGGCUACAGGAGAUUAAGGAGGAAGCCCUGAAGAUGUUCUCCAGUGACUUCAGUGUGGAGCCUGAGCUGAUGCCCAAAACGCCAUCUCAGAGAAACCGCCGGAGGAAGAAACGGUUUUCCUCUAUUCAGGAUGAAAACAGGCCCCCAACCAGGAAAAGGUUGUCCCGCCGCACAAGCCGAAGGAGCAGUCAGCACAGCCGCAGGCUACUUCGGAGCAAAGACAAGCUGGAGAGGCUGGUCCUGGUGGCGGCUGAGAACGGCUCCAUCCCUCGUGGGACCCGAAGCCAAGCGGUGGCGGCCCCCUCGCCCCCUGACUCCCCCACGGUGCUCCCCCAAAAGCCCGGGAACCUGCCAUCGGUGGGUAAGCUCGUGCCCGUCGUGGAGAUCAGCGUCAGCGAGCAGCGGAGUGCCGAGAAGUGCCUGACGACCCGCAAGGCCAGGCUGGCUGACAAGAAGCUCUCCUCUGUCCUCAGUUUGGGCUGCGAUGAUGAAUCAGUGCCAAAGAAGCAGGCAGAAAGCCUCCCCAAGCCAGCGCCAGAGACCUCCUCGGUGGUGCCCGCUGAGGUGCCUGAGCUGAAAGCCACGAGGCCGGCUCUGUCUGUGGCCAAACUCCGGAUAGCCCGGCCAGCAUCUCCCGAAGAUGCGGUGCCCGCAAUGACUGAGCUGGCCGGGGCGCCCUCUUCUGCAGGAACACGGCCGCAGCCAGAGACUGAGCUCCUCCUGAACUUGCCAGAGAGCCCCCGGACCCCGACGGGCUCCCACUGUGACCGGCGGUCGGUGCGUAGGAGCCUGGUGCGCAAAUCCUCACAGGCCCACAGGGUCUCCUUGCUUCAUAAGUACUCCAUGGUCCCGAAGCGGAUCAGCUCCGCCCGACGGUCCUCCAGGAAGCUGGCACAGGAACCGGCAGCCUCCAGCCGCAUCAUCUGCCACAGCUACCUGGAGAAGCUCCUGGAUGUACAAGUACCCAGGAAAGCCAGCUCUGAAGAGGACUUGGAGCAUGCCACAGAAACCGAGCAGGAGGCGCCCGAGGGCACCAGGAGGACGCUGCGCCCUCGCAACGCCCACAAGAUUGCCAUCAGCACCCCGAAGGCCCAACCAGAGUCUAGAAGCCAAGCAGAUGGCGACGGCGAGAGCAAGACGUACCAAAGCGAAGAGCCCAGGGAGCCGCCCCAGAGCGUCAGGCGGAAGAGGAGCUACAAGCAGGCUGUCAGCGAGCCGGGUGAGAACGGGGACCACAUGGACGACGACGAGGUGCUCACUCCUCCUAGGACCAAGACUCCCUCCCCCGUCUGCCCUCCCAGCAAGGUAAGGCAGGUGGUGCGGCCCCUGCGGACCUUCCUACACACGGUACAGAAGAAUCAGAUGCUCAUGACGCCCACCUCGGCUGGCCGCACCAGCGUCAUGAAGUCGUUCAUCAAGCGUAACACUCCUCUCCACGUGGAUGCCAAGGGCGGUUUUGUCGAGAAGGAGCGGCAGCGGCUGGAGAACCUGAAAAGGAAGGAGGAGGCCGAGCUGCUGAGGAAGCAGAAGGUGGAGGAGGACAAGCGGCGGCGCCUGGAGGAGGUGAAGAUGAAGCGGGAAGAGCGCCUUCGGAAGGUCCUGCAGGCCCGCGAGCGGGCGGAACAGCUGGAGGUGGAGAAAAAGAGGCGCAUUGAGCAGAAGCUGGCUCAGCUGGAGAAGAACGAGAAGGCAAAGGAGGAGCGGCUGGCCGAGGAGAAGGCCAGGAAGAAAGCGGCCAAGAAGCUGGAGGAGGCGGAGGCCCGGCGGAAGCAGGAGGAAGAGGCCAGGAGGCAGAAGAGGCUCCAGCAGGAGGAGGAAGAUCGCAGGUACCAGGAGCAGCUGCAGAAGAAGAAGGAGGAGGAGCAGGAGCGGCUGCGGAAGGUGGCCGAGGCCCGCAGGAUCGUGGAGCAGCAGAAGCAGCGGGAGCAGCAGCUGGUCCUGGAGAGAGAGCAGGCCGAGCGGGAGCGAGCCCAGCGGCUACAGAAGGAGAGAUUACAGAGGGAGCUGGAGGAGAAACGGAAGAGGGAGUUGGAGCAGCGCCACGAGCAGGAGCGAAGGAAGCUGCAGGAGGAGCAGGAGAAGAAGGCCCGGGAGGCCGCCACCGCCGGGGCUGCCAACAAGUUCUUGAAUGUGACAGUGGACGUGCAGUCUCCAGCUUGCAACUCUUAUGAAAUGACCCCCCAGGGCCCCAAGGGGGGCCCCAAGAUCAACCCAGACAACUAUGGGAUGGAUCUGAACAGUGAUGACUCCACAGACGAUGAGACCCAGCCCCGAAAGCCGAUUCCUGCUUGGGCCAACGGCACCCAGCUCAGCCAGGCUGUCAUCCGUCAGUACUACCAGCCUCCUGACAUCGACCAGCUCUUUGGGACCAUCCUCAGUCCAAAGCUGGAGGACAUAUUCAACAAGAGUAAACCGCGUUACCACAAGCGCACCAGCUCUGCCGUCUGGCAUUCCCCGCCUCUGCCAGGGUCCCGGGCCCUUAUGGGCCUGUCCUACGGCCUGAAGAAGCCCUGAGGAGGGGGCAGGAAGGCCCCUCUUGGCCAUCCUGUGGAUUCAAAGUGACUGUAUAUGUUUUUUAUAUGUUUAUUGAGGUUUUUUAGUGUAGGCAAGCAAAAGGUGAGCUUGGCACCAAAGGCCUUUCUAGAGCCGGGCUGCCUGGCCGCAGUGGGAGCGGGGACUGGGGGCCACAGAGACCUAGACCCCGAGAUGCUGUGGGCGAGCUUGAGGGAGAGCGGCGCUCAUAGCGCCCCACGGCCGAGCUGGCAGCCCCCUACCUGUACAUAAGUGCUGGGUAGCUAGCUGUAGGCUGAUGUUGGGCUCCAAUGUUUUAAGGUUAGAUUAAUAAAAUGUAUU